UCUGACUGCAGGUUUCAGGAAGUCUUGAGGCUUUAACACAGUCUGUCUUUAACCGUCUGUCAUCAUUCAGUCAGUAUGGAGCUCAGUCAACUUCCUCUUGUGCUCUUGCUGAUUUCAAACAUCUACUCUGGACAAACUGAAGAAACACCAAAACCCACAGUGACCAUCAAACCUGCUCAACAUGUGUUCAGAGGAGAGACAGUCACUCUCAGAUGUGACAUAAAUGCUGAAGGAGUCACUAGCUGGAAGUACAGCUGGUAUAAAGACGGUUCAGACAAUGCUUUCAGUGAUAAACAGGAAUACACAUUCAGUUCUGUUACUGAGUCUGACACAGGUAAAUACUCCUGUGAUGGAGCAGAGCCAGAAGGAUCUCACAGCUCACACCGCAGUGAUGAAGUUACACUGACAGUAUCAGUUCCCAGAGCAGCUUUAAGUGGUUCUCCACAGACGUGGUUGACUGAAGGAGAUCCAGUGACUCUGAUCUGUGAGGUUAAAGGCUCCUCUACAGGCUGGACAUUCAGAUGGUUCACUCUAACUCUCUCAUCAGACAGCAGCAGAGGAGCUGGAGGAAACUACACUGUCAGUUCUGCUGCUCUAAAACACACAGGACUUUAUGUGUGCAGAGCAGAGAGAGAAGAACCAGUCUAUAACACAACCAUCAGCAACAAACAGUUAAUAUGGGUCACUGGUGUUUCUCCUCCAGUCUCUCUGAUCGUCAGUCCCAGCAGAACUCAACACUUCACAUCUGUCUCUCUCUCUCUGACCUGUGAGGACCAGAGUAACUCUACUGGAUGGACAGUGAGAAGAUACACAGACAGCAGGGGGCUGGAAGAUUGUUCAUCAUCAGUGUGGGGAUCACAAACAGGAUCUACAUGUACAAUCAGAGACACCAGAACAGAAGACACUGGAGUGUACUGGUGUGAGUCUGAAUCUGGAGAGAAACAUCAUCCUGUUAAUAUCACUGUACACUUUGGUGUGAUUCUGGAGAGUCCUGUUCAUCCUGUGACUGAAGGAGAACCUCUGACUCUACGCUGUUUAUAUAAAAAUACAACCUCACCAAACCUCAGAGCUGAUUUCUAUAAAGAUGGGUCACUCAUCCAGAGUCAAACUACAGAGAUGAUCAUCUCUACUGUCUCAAAGUCACACGAGGGUUUCUACUCCUGCAAACACCCAGAGAGAGGAGAGUCACCCAAGAGCUGGAUCUCAGUCACAGCUCCCUCCAGAAGAUCAGGACCUGAUGAUCUCCGUCCAGUGAUAGCUGGAGUGUUUUCAUCACCCACAUUUUCCAUCUGUGGAAGAUCUGAGUCUCUCUCUCGUGUCAGUCAACAGCAGAACAGCAGACAGACAUCAGAGCAGAACCAGAGUGAAGCCGGAAAUAAAACACUCAUGUCUGACAUUGUAAGUGGACCGACUGAAGUCACCUAUGCUGAGAUUGAACUCAAACCUACAGAGAAACAGAAGAAAAAGAAAGAAAACAAAGGGAAAACCAGUGAAAGUUCUGACACUGUUUACUCUAAACUGAACCUGGAAACCCAUCAAGCUGCUGGAUCUAGUGAUGUGAUGAAUGCUCAGAUUAAAUAAAUGGCUGGAGAAGAAACUUUCAAUCCCAGGACGCUGAUGAGUUUAGGCUGAGAAGGGCUGGAGGAUGACCAGGAUCAUCAAUUCUUAUCAUCUUUGUGAUGCUGAACACUUGAUGGCAACAGAUUUAGCAGUGUUUAACAUCAGUGAUUAUCUGACCCUAACCUAACCACUUGGGUGCUGAAGUGUAAUUAGCAUGUAAUUUAUGUCAUUGACUGGGAGAAAAAGUUUUUGGUGUGUGUGUGUGUGUGUGUGAGAGAGAGUGAAAUUUCAGUUUCUCUUCUGUUCUUCUUGAUCUAAUAUGUAUCUGUUGCAGGGUUUUCAUGGUCAUUAAAACAUCAGGAAAUUUUUUAAAUUGUGAUUUGCAAGUGUGGAAAAAUCAUGGAAAUUUUCUAAAAUUGUGUUAUAAAUGUAUAUAGCUAUUUUCAACUGUAAUAUAUUGAAUUACGAGUCUAAUCUUUAGAUUUUAAAACUGCUUAAAACUGGUC